AUGCCCUACAGUGAUACGCCCAUUCGGCCAUUGCCACCGGAGGUUGCAGCCAGAGUACGGUCGUCUGUGCAGAUUACGAACUUGAACGAAGUGGUGCUAGAGUUGGUGAAAAACGCAUUAGAUGCAGAUGCCCGGUCCAUCGACGUCGUUGUCGACUUUAGGCGGGGUGGUCUUGUUGUAGAAGAUGACGGCCAUGGGAUUCUUUCAGCUGAAUUUAACGAUGGAAGUGGACUGUGUAAAGCACAUAACACCUCAAAAAUUGGUAGGCAGUCAGUAUUUGGCUGCAAAGGGCUGUUCUUAUCAGCACUGGCUACUAUGUCUCUCUUGACCAUUACCUCGCGGCAUUCUGGCCAGCUGCAGACCAAUAGCCUCGUUUUUCACCACGCUGAAAUUAUUUCUCGGUUCGUCCCUGCUCCAUCGCACCAGGCUAUCAGGGCCAAUCAGGGUACCAGAAUCACGGUGAACAACCUCUUUGGGAAUAUGCCAGUGCGUCUCAAACACCGUGCUUCAACUCUGCAAAGACCCGAAGAUCUCGACAAGGAGUGGGAAGAAUUGAAAAGAAUGCUGAUAGCACUUAUUCUGCCCAAUGAACGCUUACGAAAACUGCGCGUAUCUGAUAGCGACAAGAGCCGGGUAAUGAAUCUGCGAAUACCGCAGCUCUCGAGCGACAACUCGGGUUUGGAUACUACCCGUCUGCAGAUGAUUCUCACUCAGUCUGGCUUGAUGUCAUCAAGCAAAAUGGGCUCCUGGGUUACUAUGUCCGCCAACACGCCAGAAUUGUCCAUCGAAGCAUACGUCUCGCUUUCCCCUAGUCAUACGAAACUGAAUCAAUUUAUUUCGUUUGGAAUUGACCCUAUAUUUCCUGCACAUAACAGCGCAAACCCUUUGUAUAACGAAGUCAACCAGCUUUUUGCCGCCUCCGAUUUUGGCUCGACAAACAGUGAGCCUUUAUUGAAAGGCGUUCUAAGAGGUGGCCCAAGAUGGCCCAUGUUUUAUAUUCGGGUUGGAUUAAGCUCUUCUUGGAAACUAUCGGAAAGCAAUGAGAGAACAGUGGAAUCAGAUCGCAGCUUGCAGCAUGUUAUCGAUGUACUGGAUGAACUAUUCCAUCAAUUCUUGCAACAGCAUCAUUUUCGACCACGGAGGACUGGACAUACACCACAGAUUGAAGGCGCAACAAAUGAAAAGGAUGGCAGUAUCAGAAACCUUACUGCAACUAGAAAGCAGCCUCCGCGUGACUUGAGAAACUUUAGCAGCUGGUCCAGAGUCAAAUCAGCGGAUGAUCAGGCGUAUAGCGAUUUGUUUUCUAGUGAUUCAAAAGGUAGGGAAUCGCUUCCGGCCAAAUCAUGGACACCAAGGACUGAUUUACGCCAACUACAAUCGUCUUACUUCUCUCAUACCUCGCCCGACACGCUAAAUGCUGAGGCCCACCUAAAAAAUUCGAGUCUUACAUUAGACGAAUGUGCAGACAAAUUGAUUUCAUGGGUUGAGCCAGGCACUAAUGAUGAGAUACUUGUGAACUCUCGAACCGGACAAUGUCUACCUCGGGAAACCAUGUUUGACAAAUCCAAAAGCGAAUGGCGACCUCGUUCCACAGGCGCAGUAAUGAGCAACCCUAGCCGGGGCUUUAUGAAACGUCCACAAUCGGCCCCAGUAGGGAAGCAAUCAGUCUGGCUAGAGUCGCUGAUGUAUAGCUGGGAGAAUCCCGUGUUUUCUCGUCCUGAAACGCCAAUCAUGUCUAUUGCUGCCACGUCUCAUGAUAAACCUCAUGCCGCCGAUCAUGCUCGAGAUGAUCAUCUUUAUAGACAAGUAUCUAGUCAUGGAAAAAGCCUUGACAGGAGCAGCGGCAAACUUUCCAGGGAAAAAGUCGCAACAGCAUGUAUUAUUGGCCAAGUUGAUCGCAAGUUCAUUCUCGUGCGGAUGUCACACAACCAGGGCUUAGUUCUUGUUGAUCAACAUGCAGCAGAUGAGCGGUGUCGUCUGGAACAAUUAUUCUCUGAUAUGUUUAAAAUAGAGGGCUCCGACGAUGGCUCUACUUGGAGAACAUCUAUUCGUAUUUACGAACUUCAAGUACCUCUACAAAUUGAAAUCGAAGAGCAAGAAAUACAUCCUUUCACCAAUUACAUGGAAUAUUUUGCCUCGUGGGGGUGUCGCUACAAAGUAAAUCCCAAUUUGGAUACGAACAAUUCAACGAUUUUGGUUACUACGCUCCCAAUUGGAAUUGCUGAAAGAUGCAGACUAGAACCAACCUUAGUCGCUGAAUUAUUACGAAAGGGAAUCUGGAACAGAGCUGGUGACAGGAUUCCCAAAAAGCGCUUUUCCUCUUUCAAAAUUGAUCUUUCAAAAAGAUCGUUCCCGUGGCUAGAUGUAAUUGCAGGCUGUCCAGAAGGAAUAAUCGAUCUGCUCAAUUCACGGGCCUGCAGAACCGCAAUCAUGUUCAAUGACAACUUGUCCAGAACAGAAUGUGCAAAUCUCGUCUCUCGCCUCUCAUGCUGCGCAUUUCCUUUCCAAUGUGCUCAUGGUCGCCCGUCAAUGAUCCCUGUUGCUGAUGAAUCAUUAUUCCCGUCUAUAUGCCUUCGCUCGAUAAGCUAUCACCAGAACGAAGGACAUCAUGAACCUGAACCACCAGGGUUCCUCGAAGCGUUCAAAAAAUGGGACCAUCAGCUUCUAUCCCCAUGA